AUGGAAGUUCCAAGAAUAAAGAAUGAAGAAGAUGGCGAAGAAGAUGUUGAUGAAUUUGCUAACUAUCAAUUAGUUCAACAACAUCAACAUCAACAACAACAAUACCAAUACCAAUCAUAUAAAUAUCAAAACCAAGCUGGUGGUGAUAGAAGAUAUAGAGUUAUAAGAGGAGUUUCUGCUGGAGGUAGUACUACUAGACCACCAAAGCAAUCAGUUGAAAGUGAUUCUAUUUUCUUACCUGUUGAAUUAAGUUUGAAUGGUGCUACUAUUGAAGAUAUCUGUUAUCCACAAUGGGGUAAACUGGAAAAGGAUGAUGGUCGUCGUAUCAUUAGAAUUGAAAGAAUUCAAAAGGGUCCUAAAUUAAUGGCCAACUUUUCCAUUGUUGGUAGUGCUAAUGAAAACCCAACUACUUUACCAGCUCCUAAGAAUGUUGACGUUGUUGAAGUUUCAUGCUUAAAAUGUAAAGUUAAAUUAAAUGAUGAAUAUUAUGAUUCACAAAGUAGUGAUGAAGAAGGUUCAAGAAAUACAUCAUCUCCAAAGAGUUAUAUACGAUGUGAAGAAGAUGGUGAAACCUAUCAAUACUAUAUUACAUCAGUUGAAGUUGUUGAAAUUGUGGAAUUAUUGAUUGGAACUGAAGCUAAAGAUUCUGCUGAAAAGAGACGUGAAAGAGGUAGAGUGAGAUCUAACUUAGUUCCAUUUUGGUCUAAGAAACCAAUUUCAUCACGUAUGAAUGAUCUGUCUGCUAACAAUUCAGCUAACAAUACUCCAACCUUUGGUCACCAACAAUAUCCGCCUCAACCAACUAAUCAAGAUUAUCGUAUCGAAUUAGCCAAGAGAAUUAUGGGAUAUGAGAUAAGAAAGCCAAGAGGUUUUGACAAAGAAGUUCGUAUCUUAAGAUGGGAUAAAUUAGUGCCUGCCUUAAAGAGAGCUUUACAAAGUUAUUAUACUGAGAUCCCACAAAGUGACGCUCAUCUUGAAUUCAAUUAA